AUGAAGAAUAUAUACAGGUCAUUAAUUGUGACCAGUCUCACUGUAGUGUUGGGUUGGUUCACUGGAACCCUUAUUGGAAUACUUGGACCAGUUGUUGAAAAUCAUGUUCCCAGAGCGGACGUGGAUCUGUUUGCUGGACUUUUUGUGAAUGCACCUGCAGUCGCCAACAUUUUUAUCUACUACUUUAUCAGCAGGGAUUAUCGCCUAGUUUUCCAAAAACAUCUAUUUUGCUGGAAAAAAGCUGGCGCUGCACAAGUGACACCUGGUGGAAAAGUGGCACCGAAAAGCACUGCUACACUAUCCACAGCUGCAAAGUAG